AUGGGGCCUCUGUGGGCAGUACGACUCUCACUCGCUGGCUUUUUCCUUGCCAAUACGGCUAUCUCAGCCGAUGACUGCCAGCCGGAAAGUUGGAAGGCUGCGGCUCUACAAGUUGGCCGCAUCAACUGCCGAGACGGGGUUACCACCGGGUCAAAAGUCGAUUCAAACACAUGUGCCCUGUUGGCCAGCAAGAACCGCCUUACUAUGAAGGCCUUUUUUGACCUGAAUCCUCGACUAGAAGGAAACUGCCAGUCUAUCUUGCCUGACACAAUGUAUUGUGUAGAUGGAUUCCCGGAGCCAGUUCGCGCAUAUAACGGUCUUUGUGGCCCUGACAAUGGGAAUGCGACAUGUGUAGGCACAGAUAAGCAGUGUUGCAACAAGAAUACUUGGAAGUGCGGUGAUACCGUUGACGAUUGCACUAUAAACUGCUAUGAAGGCAACUGCUACUAG